AUGGUAUCCUUAAUUUCAUCUGUUAGUUUCAUUCCACGUGGUGUUGCUGCAGAAUUUCCAAGAAAAUAUGUUUUUGAUGAAAAUGAAUAUAAAAAAAUACAUAAAUUGAUUGAUCUGCAAGUAGAAAAUGUAAAAAAGAGCCAUGAAAAAAAGGAAAAUGAAAAAAAUAAUGAUGGAAUUAUGUCUGAAGAUGAAGAAGUAAUAAAAAAAUAUGAUUUACAGAAUUAUGACAUGGAUUCUGAUGAAGAUCAGCGCAUGGGAAUAUUUACAAAUAUUAAAGAUUUGACGUAUUAUGAAAAUGAAGAUGAUCCAUAUAUUGUUUUAAAAGAUGACAGUUCUCAUGAGGAGAAAGAGGAGCUUCAAAUAUUACCGACUGAUUAUAUUAUUUUAUCUGCUAAAACAGAAGAUGAUAUUUCUUAUCUUGAAAUAUAUAUUUAUGAAGCACCUGAAGAUAACUUGUAUGUGCAUCAUGAUAUAAUGCUUUCAGCUCCUCCUUUAUCUUUAGAGUGGUUUAAUUAUAAACCUUACAAUGAAUCUGAUAUUUCUGGAAAUUUUGUUGCAAUAGGAACAUUAGAUCCUGAUAUAGAAAUUUGGGAUUUAGAUAUUAUUGAUCCUUUAUAUCCUACUGCUAUACUUGGAAAUCCGAAGAAAAAGAAAAAAAGUAAGAAGGGAAAGAACAAAAAAAUUAGUUCAAAAUAUCAUGUAGAUUCUGUUUUAAGUUUAUCUAUAAAUAAACAUCAUAGAAAUAUUUUGGCAUCUGGAUCUGCUGAUACCUCAAUAAAAAUAUGGGAUUUAGAAUCAUGUACUUGUACUGAUUCAUAUGUUUACCAUAGUGAUAAAGUAUCAUAUAUUGAAUGGCAUCCAUUAGAAACAACAUUAUUAUUAUCCGGAAGUUUUGAUCAUACAUGUAUGAUAUAUGAUUCACGUUCUUCUAUGUCUAAUAUACAUAAAUGGGAUCUGAACAGUGAUAUAGAAUCUGUAAGAUGGGAUUUACAUAAUUCUUUUCAUUUUUAUGUAUGCACUGAUUCUGGAGUGGUUUAUUUAUUUGAUACUAGAAAUCUUUCAAGUAAUUCAAAACAUGUAAAUCCAAUUUGGAGAUUAGAAGCUCACGAUGGACCUGUUUCUGCAUUUGACAUUAAUUCAUUCAUUAAAGGGUAUUUUAUAACUGGAUCAACAGAUAAAUUGAUUAAAUUAUGGAAUACAUAUGGAAGUGAAGGGGGACCGAGUAUGAUUUCAUCAAAAGAUAUUGGUGUAGGUAAAGUUUUUUCGGCUCAAUUUUCUUUUGAUAAAGAAACAAUGUUUUCGCUAGUUGCUGCAGGAAGUAAUGGUAUUGUUAGAAUAUGGAAUACUCUACAAAGUAGAGCUGUUAGGAAUACUUAUGGAAACAAUGUUAACAUAUCUGAUACAAAUGAAAUUAUAGGUAAAAACAUAAUAGGGUUAGAAGAUACAGAAAUGUCUAAUGAUUAA